UUACGAAGGCGGCAUUUACGCCUUGUGUUGUUACAUCACAUUGGUGUUAAUUUGAUCUAUUCGAAUGUGUUAAAAAGAAAUAUAUCAUCAUGUUCAAGUCAACCAAUUUUCUGUUAAGAUUUCCAACUAUUCAAAGUUUACUCAAUUCUUCGGAAUGUACAAAAGAUAUAUGUAGUUCCUCAUCUUUGAAUCGAUGGUACUUAAGUUAUUUACGUGGAACUCGUGUUCUGAAACCACCUAAAAAUCCAUUUGUUUAUGAUAGAGAUUGGGAAAAUGAACCAUACAAACCGAAAGCUAAAAAUGAAUAUCUUCUAUCUGUCAAAUCUUUAAAAGAUUUUCAAAGUUUAGAUGAACGCUGUAAAAACAUGUUUACCUAUAGUUUUGUUUAUAAAAGACAAGAAUUUCAAGAAAAUCUUAAUGAAAUAUUAAAAGAAUUAGGUUUUGAACCUACAGAUGAUUCAUUAGCUGCAAAAAUUGUUCGAAUGACAUUAGAAUUACGUUAUAAAAAAUGGCGUUUAAAAGAACAUCCACGUUGUAUCACAUUGAAACUUGCAACUAAAUGUCUUAUGAAUGCUCGACAACGUACUUUAAGAUUGUUACGUGCUACAAAUUUAUCUGAAUUUCAUAGAAUUACAUCUGCUUUAAAAUUUGUUCAUUAUGAACAUGUGGAUCCUUAUCGAUUAUAUACCGAUGAUCCAAUGGUUCAACGUAAAAAUUCUUUUCGAAAUGAAUGUUAUCAGGAACGUAUUCGUAGAAUGACUGUAUUAAAAGCGAAUCUUAUAUCAUCUCAAGAAGAAUUUUAUACUGAAAAAAAUGAAACACUAACAAAUCUAUUAAAUGAUUUAACUUCAUUAGUUAAUUCUAAUCAUUCAGAAAUGAAAAAGAAAGAAGCUCAAAAUUUAAUGAAACAAUUAUUUUAUGAAGUGAUUGAAGAACGUCAAUUGGCUACUUUACAUAAACCAAUUGAAGAUCAAUUUUUAUGGUAUCUUAAAGAAGCUAAACAACGUGAACAAUAUUUAAUGAUGAAAUCACAAAAAUUAGAAAAACAACAACGGAAAUUAAGAAAAUAAUUUGAAAAAAAAGGUCAUUAUUAUUAUUGUUGUUGUUGUUGUUGUUAUCAUAGUCAACCUUUUGAAAUUUCUUCUGAAUAUGUAUCUAUAUGUAAAUCAUAUUGUAUUUCAUAUGAUUGUUAGAGAUCUUAUUAAAGAAAAAGUAAUGUGUAA